AUGCUAUCAUCGUUGCGCCGGGUCUUCCGCACCAAGUCUAGCCUCGAAUCCAAGACUAAAGAGAAGCCAGCUUCUGAGACAUCGCAGAACCCUUUAGAUCGAAAGCGAACGACAUAUCUUUACUCUGGUGUACAUAUUCUACAUAAGUCCGAAAACGAUGAUGUUGAUAUCGUAUUUGUUCAUGGACUCAAAGGAGAUUGUUAUAAGACCUGGAAAGCUGGAAAUGCAACUGAACCAUGGCCGAAAACACUGCUUCCACUCGAGCUAGGAACUGCUCGAGUUCUGACUUACUCUUAUGAUUCGACUGUUACGGGUAAAGGAGAUGUUCCCUCCCAGAACCGAAUCUCAAAUCAUGCACAAAAUCUAUUAGCGGCUCUUGCUACGCUUCGACAAAAUGAUGAUACAGCACUUGUCAUGGCACAUGAGCGGGCUCAGCAACACCUAGAAGACAUAGCUAAUUUUACAAGAGGUGUUAUUUUUCUCGGGACACCGCACCGCGGAUCCAGCCUUGCCAAAAUAGGAGAACUAGUCUCACGCUCUUAUGGAAUGAUCAAAGAAACCAAUACCGACAUCGUGAGAGUUCUCACGGAAGACUCCGAAGUCCGAGCUCGAAUCCAAGACAGCUUUCUAUCACUUAUCAAGAUGCGGAGCAAGAAUGAGGCAAGUAUGAUUGACAUCACUUGUUUCUACGAAGAAUUGCCCACCAAGAGACUUGGUCUUAUCGUUCCCAAACACUCCGCUAUACUACCUGGCUAUACCGCUAUAGCCAUACAUCGAAACCAUGCUGAGAUGACAAAGUUCUCCAGUUCUGACGAACCUGGGUUCCAAUAUGUCUCUGGUGAGCUGAAGCGUUGGAUGAAAAGAAUACAGCAGAACCCGAGCAAGUUCCAAAAGCAGGCCGUCGCGCAUUUCAUGGUUCCAUAUACGCACAAUGCAGACUUUGUGGGACGUGCUGAGAUUCUCGAACUGCUGAAGAGUCAACUCGCUUGUCUAGAUACUGCAUCACAUAACACGGAACAUCGAAGAGCUGCACUCUACGGUCUUGGCGGAGUCGGGAAAACUCAGGUCGCCAUCGCUUACUCAUAUUGGCUUCAAGGAGUUUCCAAAGACACGUCAAUAUUUUGGAUUCAUGCUAGCAGUGCAGAGCGGUUUUCUGAAGGCUAUGCCAACAUUGCAAAACAGUGCAAUAUUCCCGGCUACCGAGAUUCAGGCUUCGAUGCUUUAACAUCAGUCAGGGACUGGUUGGAGAGCAAAGAUAGCGGAAAAUGGAUGAUAAUCAUCGAUAACGCCGACGAUAUGCAGAUGUUUGUUCCACAGACAGAAGAUACGACUAAAGAUCGUAGCUUGGGCCAGUUCAUACCCGAUUGCGCAAACGGCACUGUCCUAAUCACAACCAGAAAUAUGCAAGUGGGCUCAAGACUUACAAAGGGGAAACACCCGAUCGAAGUAGGCAAGAUGGAUGAGCACGAAUCGACACAACUUUUACGUCGAGGGUUGCAAUAUGGAGAUGAGACAUUAAUGGAUCUGCUACAACUUUCAUCCCGCUUGGAGUUCCUCCCUCUUGCGCUGGUACAAGCUGCUGCAUUCAUACGAGAGAAUUGCAUCCCUGUCAGCGAAUACCUCGAGCUCCUUAACGGAAGCGAGAAUGAUGUCGUGGAGCUACUGAGCGAAGAGUUUGAAGUUGGAGGCAGAGACUCAGAUACUCCUCGACCCGUCGCCCAGACUUGGAUGUUAUCCUUUCAACAAAUCAAGCGCAGAUAUCCAUUUGCCGGCGAAGUUCUUUCUUUGAUGAGUUGGUUUGAUCGCCAAGCAAUACCUUUGGAGUUUCUCGAGUUUUACGGCGAAGGAAAAAAGCGUGCAGAGUCGAACAUCAGGAUGCAGCUUGUUAAAGCGUUGGGACUCCUCAAGGCCUUCUGCUUCGUUCGGACUGAGCUGGGUGGCAAUUAUAACAUGCAUCGCCUCGUCCAGCUGGUUACGAGAACUUGGUUGACGCGAGAGGGUACCGUGACUGUGUUCGCAAGGGAAGCCUUACUAGCCGUGUCUGAGUUCUACCCGUAUGGUACUUUUGAAGACAUAGAUACCUGCACAAUCUAUCUUGCGCAUGCGACGUCAGCCCUGCGAGCGCCGAUGACCGAAUCAGAAGAAGACAGACUGCUCAGGGCAUCGAUUCUACACAGACUGGGGGGAUACUACCUGUACCAGGGUCGAUACAACGAAGCAGAGAAGCUUCAGGAAGAAUCAAUUGCCAUACGAACGGAAUUGCUAGAGGAGGACCACCCGGAGACUCUCGUUGUUAUGUCAGAUCUUGCAGCUACGCUGUGUGACCAAUACAGACUCGACGAGGCCGAGGUGCUGGAGGUUCGCAUAAUGGAGACAUGGAAGCGUACUCGUGGAGAAGAGCAUUACCAAACUCUGGAUGCCAUGAGCAACUUGGCUGUUACAUUAAGCAGUCAAGGACGCCCAGGGGAAGCAGAAGCCCUGAAUCGGCAUGUGAUGGAAGUGCGGAAACGCAUUCUUGGUGAGGAACAUCCUGAUACACUCAUCAGUAUGAACAACCUAUCAAAGACAUUGCUCGACCAAGAACGACCCGAAGAAGCAAUCGGCAUACACAGGCACGUUUUGGAGGUCCAGAAGAGGAUUCAGGGACCUGAGCAUCCUGAUGCCCUGCUAAGCAUGGGCAAUCUUGCACGGUCUCUGUUCUCUCAAGGGGAUCUUGGCGAGACGGAGGAAUUACAAAAGGAAGUUAUGGAUAUGACAAAACGAGUACUGGGGGAAGAACAUCCAAUGACGCUCUUGAGCAUGCAGAAUCUUGCGGAUACAUGGAGGUGUAUGGGCGAGUUUUGUGAUCCGGCCAUGUCUAUCAGAAUCGAGGUGAUCGGCGAUGCUCUGGCUUUGUAUAAAGAAUGCGCUCGACUGCGUGAACAGCUUCUUGGACCUGGGCAUGCAGAUACGCAAGAGACUUACGCUGUUUUGGAAGUAUGCCAGGAAUUACUCGAUCGCGCCAUAAAGGAGUUGAAUGCUGCUUCCACAGAGCAAAGGAGAAGCAAAAGGCAAAAACAUACAACAGCGGGGAUUCGCUGGUCGUCACCGACCCAACUACUAAUCCGCCCCUUACCAGCUUAUCUAUGGGAGAGCGGACGGGAUCCCGAGUUCUCUGAUAGGUAUGGUCCCACAUUGCUCUGCGCUUGUAGCAUCCCUUCUUGGUGCUUCGUCUUGCUCUUAAACACUCCAGAUUACUCUGGCGAUGAGGUUGGAACUGAGCUCAUAUUCUAA